AUGAAUAAAUUAGGUAAGAGGUUCCAGAUUGACUAAUAAAUAUAGUCACCCAGAAAAUUUUAAAAUUUAUAGAAUGAUAAUUUAGAAAUUCAAAAUCAAUUAGUUCAAUAACAUAUUUUUGACAAUUCUAUGUCAAUGAAUAUCAAAGAACAUAUUGAUAAACUUUCUGUAUCAUACAAUUUGUUCUAUUUUAGAACACUCUUAAAUCUAUUAAGGAAGAUUUAAGGAUUAGUCGCGAGGAUAUGAAUCUAAUAAAAGAAGAUUUAUAAAAAAUCAAAUCUAAUCAAUAUCAAGAAGAAGAUCGUAUCACCAAAACUCUUUUAUCAGAUGUAUCUAUAUUAUAUUAUAUUAAGCUAAAUAAAUAAAAAAAUGAUUUGAAGAAGUAAUAAAUUACAACAUCUAUUACUUAUACAAGUCUUAACAAAUAAAUCUCAUUAUUAGAGGAUGACAAAAUUUAUAUUAAGGAUAAUAUCAUUUAACUUGAAUCAGAUACUAGUUCAUUAGAAAUACAGAUAGGAUUCAGAACAAACUAUGAUAUCUGA